UUCAUGCCAAAUUCACACAACAAAAAUUGCAAGUCUCCUUGACAGAGAAGAUGGGCAGAGCUCUGUUCAACUUGGCAUUCUUGAUGAUGCUGAUUGUCACCAUGCGUUGUUUUGUUGAUGGGACUGAAGUAGAAGAAGAGACGAAGAUGGUGAAACAGGAAAUUCCAUUGACAAGUAAUAAUGAGAAGGACAAAGUAAUAGUUUGUGUUUCGGAUAACAAUUGCAAAGGCGCUUGUCCUAACACCUGUGAUCGUAUUUUCUGUAAAGAUUAUAAUUGCUAUUGUCAGAAAGGCAGUCGAAAAUCAGUUGACAUAACAUUACCCUGUGCACUGCCUAUAGGACUUCAUAUCUAAAAUCAAGUAAUGAAAUAAUGAAAUAAUGGAAUUUUAUUUCCUGUUGCAA